AAUUGUAUUUUUGUUCCUGUGUCAAUGACUGCUAGCUGGUAACAGGCUACAGUAGCCGUCUGUGACAGUUAGCUAUCGAACAAAUCAACUUUAUCAGAGACGAAACUGACAACACAUUGGACUUUAAAACCUUUACAUGGCAGAUUUCUUCUGAGGACAACAUCGGAUAGCAGUUUCACAAGGGAAAUCUCUGGAGAAUAGCUAGGCAUCUGCAUUACUUAGCAAGCCAACCGUUAGCUUAGCCUGGUUUGGUAGCAACACUAGCAAACCGACCGACAUUAUAGUGAAAAUCUGGUUUUGAUCAUUUGUAUAUUCUAUAGCCGUCUUAAUAUAUUUUGCAAUCGUGAUUGGUUGCAACUUUUAGAUUCGUUAUAGGUGGUUUCCGUCAAUCUAGUUGUAGAUCACCGGAUCAGUCUAGUCGCUGGUUGAGGUGUAGUUUGCUGGGCUUUCUCAUUUGAGGCUAUUAGAAAACCCUAAAACAGCUGGAAAUGAAUUCAAACGUGGAGAACUUGCCGCCUCAAGUGUUGAGACUCGUGUAUAAAGAGGUUUCCGCCUUGGCAGCAGACCCUCCGGAGGGGAUCAAAAUCUACCCUAGUGAGGAGGACAUCACAGAACUGCAUACUGCCAUUGAGGGACCAGAAGGAACUCCCUAUGCAGGUGGGGUGUUCAGGAUGCGUUUGGUCCUUGGGAAGGAUUUUCCUGCUGCACCUCCUAGAGGCUAUUUCCUCACAAAGAUCUUUCAUCCUAAUGUUGGGCACAAGGGUGAGAUCUGUGUCAAUGUUCUGAAGAGAGACUGGAAGGCAGAGCUAGGCCUGAGACAUGUAUUGCUAACCAUCAAGUGCCUACUGAUCCAUCCGAACCCAGAGUCGGCUCUGAACGAAGAGGCUGGGAGGUUACUUUUGGAGGACUAUAAGGAGUAUGCAUCCCGUGCUCACCUUCUAACAGAGAUCCACGCUAUGGGAGGCACUUCAGGGGCCCCUCAGGAGCCUGCUGAUGGACCCCAACCCAAGAAACAUGCAGGAGACCCAAACAAACGUGUAGCCGGGGCUGGUUUGGCAACAAUGGCUGCUGGCGUCAACAACUCAAACGGCAGCUCCAGCGGCACAAGCAGUAGCAAUACUAAUAUAAUUGCAAAGAAGAAAACAGAUAAAAAACGAGCUCUGAGGCGGCUAUAAAAGAGAGUGAAUCUUUUUGUGUACAUAUAAAUAUUGAAGUGUGCAGACCACCUUUUCACCUCCUUACCUGUCUUACCGUUUUAGGAUAGCACAUUCAUUUUGCCAUGCUCCUACCAGAACACUCCUCUCGUUUUUUGUUCUGUUGUCUCUUUCAACUUACUCUCAGGACUUGAACUGUCCUUGUGGCAAUUCUCUCUGUUUCACUGACACAAAGGGUUUUCAUCUGUCUGUCAAAAGUUUUACAGUUGUUCAGAUUAUGAAAACGGUAGUAAAAGUUUUUGGACAAAAUUAAUUUGUGGCCUCUAGCAUUAUGACCAUCAGCAGGAUUUUGGUGUGUACUGUCAGCACAAAAUUUGUAGUGUAUUUAGAUAGCAGGUGUGAUGGGACAGUUACUGUAAUAAUUCUGUCCUGUUGCAUUUGGACUGAACCCAUUAAGUGUCAGAUGAGGUUUUUUCAGAGGUUUAAUGAAAAUUAGUAGUACAUUGCACAGAAUAUGAUCGUUGUGUGUGUGUUUGUGGUGAAAGAGAUGCAAGAUAAGGAAUAACAGAGAGGGGGUUCAAAUGUGGUCUAAAUAUUAUACAUAAUUUUUUUUUGUUUUUUAAUGUUUUUAUUUUUUGUGAGUGCAUAUUUGUGUGGUAUUAUUUGUAUUGUUUCCAAUUUUUACUCAAUUUGUUUGUUCUUUUCUAUUUUGUAGUUCACUUUUAAAAAGGCCUUUUUCCAUUUUUAAGUGAACGGCUGCAUUUACCCGACACUGAUGCUUGAGAGAGAAUCCUUAAAGCCUUUAGACCAGCAACGGGGGAAAAUAGUGAAUCAUGAAAUGUUAAAUCUGUCUCAUAUCUUUGAGAGAGAGUUGUGUGGUUGCUAUAUUUG